AUGUGGAAUGAAUCUCCCGGAGCAAUUAUAACUGACCAAGACCUUGCAAUUUGUAAUGCCACUAAAAAAGUUUUUCCGCAUACACAUCAUCGAUAUUGUCAAUGGCACCUUGGGCUUCAUGAGUGCGAGCACCUAAGUUCACUGCAAUAUGCUCACCCAUCAUUCAAUGAGGACUACAAUAUGUGGGCUAAGAAAUGUAGAACUAUUGAAGAAUCUGAGGAAUAUUGGAACGUGUUGUGUGAGAAAUACAAGCCACAUUAUGAAGAACCUUUAACAGAUUCUCAAAAAAAUAUUAUGAAGUCUUGGAAAUGGAUUGUGAACAUGUAUGAAAAACGACAUCAUUGGGUAAAGGCAUACCUAAAGGAUACAUUUUUUGCAGGUAAAUCGUCAAAUAGUAUCAGGAAUGAAGUCUCUCAAAGAAGUGAAAGUAUGAAUUCGUUUUUUGAUGGUUAUGUCAAUAGCAAUACUCCGUUGUCUGACUUUGUUGAUCAAUAUGAAAAGGCAAUUGCUAGCCAUCGCGAUACAGAAGAGAAAGAGGAUUUGAUAUCAAUGACAACCACCCCUGAUUUGACAAAUAUGCAUAGCUUGGAGGCUCAUGCUGGAAAAGUUUAUUCUCGGAAUAUAUUCAAAUUAUUUCAGAAUGAAUUUAUGCAGAUUUUGCAUUGCCAGCACAACAAAAAAGUAGUUACAGGUGUCGAGAUGGUGUAUGCUGUAACUUUCAAGCCUCAUAAUAGGUCACACACUGUUAAGGUAAAUAUUUCUAUUCAGUUUUUCAAGUGUUCAUGUGCUAAAUUUGAGACAUGGGGUAUUCUUUGCAAACACAUACUAUAUAUCAUGAAGCAAAAAUUAAGAUUAAAGAUCAUACCUGCUCAAUAUAUUUUGUCGAGAUGGACCUUAAAUGUGAGGCAUACAACCAGUUCAACGACCAGUAGGAACAAUGAUGGUGCACCUGGUUUGAAUAUAGAUUGCAGCACUAAUGAGGUAAGUUCUCUUGAAGCUUGGACAUUGCGAGGUGAUAGAAAGGGAAAUAAAGAUGUGGUGGGAAAAAGUUGA